GUCCCUUAGAUACUAUUCCAAAGUAAUCGCGGGAAUUUGUGUUUUUUAUUUUUUGCGCAAAGUUCGAAAAAUCGGAUUCAGAAACGAAGAUGGGUAGAAAAUCUGCUAAAGGAAAAGAAAAGAAACAGAAAAGAAAAGAGGAGAGCGCUAAAAUGGCAGCAGCGAUAGCAAAAGUGGAGGCUGCUAAUAAGAUUGAAGAUCCUUUAUCUAUGCUGGAACCAUUUAAAAAGUUUGAAAGAAAUGGUGUUUCUUUGACAAUUGAAUUUAAGCGCAGUGCUGAUCUGGGUGAAGAGACAAGAGAAUUUGUAUUCCAACUGUGCAAGAAAAAUAUGCAGACAUUGUAUGAGAAAUGUGGUGUUAAUGGUUGGAAGGAUCGGGAAAAGCGGGAAGAAAUGGCAGAGGACAAGGCCUUAUACCUAAUCGUUAGAAACACAGAAGCGGAACCUGUUGCCUUCGUACAUUUUAGAUUUGAUAUGGAAUUUGAUGAAGAAGUGUUAUAUUGCUAUGAGAUUCAGCUUACAGAACCAUUCAGAAGAAAAGGCUUGGGAAAAUUCCUCAUGCAGAUACUUGAACUUUUGGCUUAUAAAACUGAGAUGGGUAAAGUGAUGUUGACAGUGUUUAAAUCAAAUGAUUCAGCUGUAACCUUCUUCAUGGAAGCUCUCAAGUACGAAAUUGACGACAUAUCGCCUGAGGAUGGAAUGUACGAGGAGGAAGCACGAUACUGGAUCCUUAGCAAGGCAAUAAAGCGAAAAACACCGGCACAGAAACCAGUAGCGAAAGCCCAUGGAGUAGAAUCUAAAAUGAAUGGACACAUGCAUGCUCACACAAAUGGCUGUUGCCAUUGAUACCUUGUAUCGGACUAGACCAGUGAAAUUAAUGCAUAUUGUAAAUUCAUUUCAUGUGUUAGGGCAGAUAUGGUGUAAUGUUAUAAUUUUCUGUGACUUGAAAACAAGGAGGAAAGAAAAUAGUCGAGUUAUGCAUAAAAUAUUUAUGGCGACCAUUUUGACUGUCCAGUUUAAAAAGUUCAGUUACCCUUCUAUUUGUACAGUGAUGACAAAACACGUUUUAGUAUCAAAUGGUGUGUGCAUUGUUGUCUUUAUGACACACCAGAUAAAACUGUUUCACACUCUGCACUUGGAGUCUGCACUUGGUUGCCACAUAACCUAUAAUUGUGUCAAUUUGACCUUAAAUCCAACCAAAAAAAUCACAGCACUUGAAUGAUAUCAUAAAGACUCUGUAAAUUUUUUAUCGAUAAUCUUUAAGGAUAUGCCAUGUUCUCAGUGUUAUGGCUUGAGACAUUAAUGUGAGGUUACGUGCACUGCUUUAACCCAUACCAUGCUAAAUUUCUAUUAUGGACUGGUCCAUCUUCCAAUUUGGGCAGUACCAUUUAUCAUUUGAAGGGGUGUUUACUAAAAAUUUACUGACUGAAUAGCGAACAGUGUAGACCAUGAUCAGACUGCACGGAUGUGCAGGCUGAUCUUGGUCUGCACUGGUCGCAAAGGCAAAACCAAUCGCCGCUAGCAGGCUAAGAGUUAAGUAUGUGGAAAGUAAAAUGUUUUAUGAAUAUAACUCUAAAUAAUUACUACAACCUCUACACAACCUUGGCAAUAUAGACAUUCUAAGGAGUUACAACACAAUAUUUACAUUUACUAUAUUAUUUGUAUAGAAAGAAAAAAAAAACGUUUAUUUUCAUGUAAACAACAUAGGUGUAAUAAUGCCAUGGGUGGAUUUCAUGCACCAUCAGAAGUCAUUCACAAAAAAAGCAUUAGCAAAGUGGCACAUUAGGGAAAUCAAAAUUGGACACCAAAAAUUUAAACAUUUUGACAAAUCAUUAAAGAAUCCCUAGCGUGAUUCAUGGUUUGCAAAUAGUCCCAGUGUUGUUAAUACCUACUAAACACACAGAAAUAACAUUUAAUUCUUAAUUAAAAACUUAGUGUUUUUAGCUCACCUGUCACGAAGUGACAAGGUGAGCUAUUGUGUCCGCUUGAUGUCCGUCGUGCGUUGUCCGUCAACAAUUUCUAAAAAAAGUCUUCUCCUUGAAAACCACUGGGCAGAAUUACACCAAACUUAACAGGUAUGAUCCUUGGGUGGCCCCCUUUCAAAGUUGUUCAAAGAAUUGAAUUCCAUGCAGAACUUUGAUUGCCAUGGCAACCGAAAGGAAAAACUUUAAAAAUCUUGUCCAAAACCACAGGGCCUAGGGCUUUGAUAUCUGGUGUGAAGCAUCAUCUAGUGGUCCUCUACCAAAAUUGUUCAAGUUAUCCCCCUAGGGUCAAAUAUGGCCCCGCCCCGGGGGUCAUAUGGUUUAUAUAGACUUAUAUAGGGAAAACUUUAAAAAUCUUGUCCAAAACCACAUGGCCUAGGGCUUUGAUAUUUGGUAUGUAGCAUCAUCUAGUGGUCCUCUACCAAAAUUGUUCAAAUUAUCCCCCUAGGGUCAAAUAUGGCCCCGCCCCAGGGGUCCCAAGUUUUACAUAGACUUAUAGAGGAAAAAAAGUUUUAAAAAAGUUGUCUGAAACCACAACACUUAGACCUUUGAUAUUUGGUUUGUAGCAUUGUCUUAUGGUCCUCAACCAAAAUUGUUCAAAUUGUACCCCUUGGGUGAAAAGAGGCCCUGCCCUGGGGGUCCCAAGUUUUAUAUAGACUAACAUAGGAGAAAGCUUUAAAAGUCUUCUUGACUGAAACCAUACGACAUAGGCUUUUGAUAUUUGGUAUGAUGCAUUGUCUAGUAGUCCUCUAAAACUGUUCAAAUUAUGCCCCUGGGGUUAAAAGAGGCCCCGCCCUGGGGUCACUUAGUUAUUAUGUGAGUUAUAUAGGAAAAAUACUUAAAAAACCAUCUGAUCCUGUUUCCAAGACUGUUUAAUUAUAAUUACCUGAUGACCCCAAGUAAAAUGAUGUCACUUGACUGUGACCUUGACCUACUGACCUAUUUGUUUUUUAAGAUACAGCCUUGAAAUUUUGAUGACAUACAUUUUUGCAUACAAAUCGUAAAACUGAAUUUCAUUGACUAUGAAUGUGACCUACUGACUUUCUUAAUAAUUUAUCAUCAGUUUUACAUUUGAAACAUGUAGCUCAUAUUACUCAGGUGAGCGAUCCAGGGUCAUCAUGACCCUCUUGUUUAAGUUUGAUACUGGGGUCAUUGCCUUAUCAAGUUCACAACCAAUGUCUCCGGGCCAGUAUUCACAAUGGUUUCGAGUUUCAAAUUUAAACUUAAAAUCACAAGUUUUUAAUGUGUUGGAACUGCCAUCUUUCUGUCUAUACUUUUUGAAUUUUGUACAUGUUACAUUUGACUAAGAACAUAUACCAACCAUAGAAAUUAACCUAAAAUUAGUAUAAACCGACCCAAAGAAAUGGUUGUGAACUUGUAAAGGCAAUUGUACUCUGUUAGGCUGUUUAGAGAAAUAUGUCCAUGUGUACCCAGUUGUCCCCCACCUCUUAUUGAGAAGGUAUCUUGCAAUUAAAAGUCUAAGUAACAAAAAUACUACAGCAUUUAUUGAAAUGUUCAUACUUAAUGUGCUUAAAAUAUUCAUAUUUUCGUGCAAUGUACAAAUAAUCGAUGAAUUUUUACAAGAAAUAAAUUCGAGUAACAA